GGGAGAGAGAGAUAGAGAGAGAAGACAAACAAACAAACACUACCAAACAGCCUUCUGGACUGGCAGCAGCUUUUGAAACAAUGUUGCUGUUUGUGGUGUGUGUGGCAGCCUGCGUGGGUCUGCUGUCCUACACCCUGGUGUUCUUUGCCAUCCCGGCACUCGUUCAGUACAACGGCACGCUGGCACUCCUGUGGCACGAUGUGAUCGUGGAGCGCAGCCUGGACUGGCUGACCAGCUCCACGCGCCCCCAGAGGCUCCUCGCCCACGUCAAGCAGAGAGCCAGGCGGGGCGAUGCCCAGAGUGUCAUCAAUACCAUCGACAACUACUGCAAGGCCAGGGAGUGGGCAAUGAACGUGGGGGACGAGAAAGGGUCGAUCCUGGACCAGGUGGUGUGCGAGGUGAGCCCCUGCGUGGCGCUGGAGCUGGGCACCUACUGCGGCUAUUCCAGCGUGCGCAUCGCCCGCCUGCUGCCCCCCGGAGCCAGGCUCCUCACCGUCGAGUUCAACCACGACUACGCCACCAUCGCCAGGGAGGUGAUCGACUGGGCCGGGCUGCAGGACAGGGUGCAGUUGCUGGAAGGGGACUCUGCAGAGCUGAUCCCACAGCUGAGGCAGAAACACGGGAUCGAGACGCUGGACUUCAUCUUCCUCGACCACUGGAAGGAUCGCUACCUCCCAGACACCAAACUCCUGGAGGACUGCUCUCUGCUGCGGGAGGGCACGGUGUUGCUUGCUGACAACGUGAUCUGUCCCGGGACCCCCGAUUACCUGGAGUACGUUCGGAGCAGCCCGCGCUACCAGAGCCAGUACUUCAACUCACACCUGGAGUACACAAGGGCAGAGGAUGGGCUGGAAAAAUCUAUAUUCCUAGGCUAGGAGCCCCAACCCCACCCCACAGCCAGACCUUAACCUUACCCCUUCCCCAACCCAACACCAUAUCCCCAACCCAACCCCACAGCCAGACCGUAACCUUACCCCAACCCAACCCCAUAGCCAGUCCUUAACUUUACCCCAACCCCAUACCCAGACCUUAACCUUACCCUAACCCCAACCCAAU